AUUCUUGUGCGCAUGCGGGGAAGCCCCCGGAAACCCGCAUCCACUUCCGGUUUUGCUUCUGACGUGUCUCAAACUGUUCUUGCACUAUUUGUGGAGUGUGUAUCUGUUUUAGUGAGGAUUAUUCUGUUCUUCAGUUUUUGUAAGGUUCGUGAACACAAGAUGCUCGAUUUCUUCACCAUCUUUAGCAAAGGGGGGAUAGUGCUGUGGUGUUUCCAGGGAGCAGGAGUCACUGGGUCUUUUACUGGACCCGUGAAUGCUCUCAUCCGCUCCGUUAUUCUCCAGGAGCGCAGUGGGAAAAAUUCAUUCACCCAUGAUGCUCUGAGUCUUAAGUAUAAGUUGGACAAUGAGUUUGAGUUAAUAUUUGUGGUGGGUUUUCAAAAGAUCCUGACGCUGACAUAUGUGGACAAGUUCCUAGAUGAUGUUCAGCUUCAUUUUAGGGAUCGUUAUAAGAAUGAGUUGGAGCAAAAGGGAGCUUUAAAACUACUCAACAACAACUUUGACUUCGAGGAUGAUUUCAAUAUGCUUCUGAAAGAAGCAGAAGAGAGCAGCAAAGCUCAAAGCCGUGUUCGUGGCAUGAGGACCUUUGAGGAGUCUGAUAAAUCUCAGAAAACUGUGAAGUCAAUGAUUGAGACUAAAGGUGGGGACAAAGGCAAGGACAGUGGUGGAAAGAAGAAUAAAAAUACCAAAAAGGGGGCUCCUGCAGCAGAGCCAACUAAAGUGGAAACUAUAAAGACAUCCAGUCCAAAAGCAACUGUAAAUGGGAACCAGGGGUUGACUGCAGAAGAGAUUCAAAAGAAUCGGGAGGAGUUUUUUCGUAAAAAGCAAAAGACUGGAAUUGCUGAAAAACAAACCAAGUCUCCUAAACCUAAGAAACCAAAGGAAAAAGCAAUGCGUGUUUGGGACAUGGGUGGUAGCAGCUCCAAGAACUUAGACUAUAGUGAAAGAAAUGGAGAUAACGCCAGUAAUGGCACUGACCAAUAUCAGGAGGGCCAAAAAGAUGUGGACCGGCAGCUGAGCCCCAUGAUAGGAGACUUGCCAUCUGUUGAUUAUGAGUCCAGUGAAGAGGAAGAGGAAGAAGAGGAAACUGUGAUCGUCAGUCAAAAAAGCACUCCUAGCUCAGGCAAAGGUCUGGGUGGCAUGUUUGGGAUGCUGAAGGGGCUGGUGGGCUCCAAGAGCCUUAGUCGAGAAGAUAUGGAACCAGUGUUAGAAAAGAUGAGGGACCACCUCAUUGCUAAGAAUGUUGCUGCCGAGAUUUCCGCCCAGCUCUGUGAGUCUGUAGCUAAAAAACUGGAGGGCAAAGUCAUGGGCACAUUCACCACUGUGACCUCAACUGUAAAGCAGGCUCUCCAGGACUCACUGGUGCAAAUCCUGCAGCCAAAACGAAGAGUAGACAUUUUGAGAGACGUCAUGGAAGCUCAGAACCAACGAAGACCCUUUGUCAUCACAUUUUGUGGUGUCAAUGGGGUUGGAAAAUCCACCAAUUUAGCCAAGAUCUCUUUCUGGCUGAUUGAGAACGGUUUCACUGUCCUGAUUGCAGCCUGUGACACCUUUCGCGCUGGAGCUGUGGAGCAGCUCCGCACUCAUCAGCGGCGCCUAAACUCUCUCCACCCCCCAGAGCAGCACGGAGGGCGGCCCGUCGUUCAGCUCUACGAGAAGGGUUAUGGCAAGGAUGCUGCAGGCAUCGCCAUGGAAGCCAUUGCUUAUGCUCGUAACCAGGCCUUUGAUGUGGUGUUGGUGGACACUGCUGGGCGCAUGCAGGACAAUGCCCCUCUAAUGACCGCCCUGGCCAAGCUCAUCGCUGUCAAUAUGCCUGACCUUGUGCUGUUUGUUGGGGAGGCAUUGGUGGGCAAUGAAGCUGUGGAUCAGUUGGUAAAGUUCAAUCAGGCUCUAGCAGAUCAUUCCAUGUCUGACAAACCUCGUCUCAUUGAUGGCAUUGUCCUCACAAAAUUUGACACAAUUGAUGACAAGGUGGGUGCUGCCAUCUCAAUGACCUACAUCACUGGACAGCCCAUUGUGUUUGUGGGGACAGGGCAGACAUAUAAUGACCUGCGCAGCCUCAACGCCCGAGCAGUUGUCAGUGCCCUAAUGAAGGCUUAAGCUGCUUUGGUCUCCUAUUUUAUUACAUUACAGUCAAUACAGCACACCAAUAAGUUUCAUAAUUGUUGAAUGGUUAAUUUAUUUCAGUAGUUCAUGGAAAAUUCAUAGAGGUAAACAUAUUUAUAUUUAUUACACACUACAACAGAAGUAGAGUCAGACAUAAUUCACUUUCAUUUAUAAUACACUUUAGAAUAAAUACAUAUUUUGGGUAUUUCUUUUAUCAAACUACUAAAAUAAUUUAACUUUUCAUUACUUAUUGAUGUGCUCCUGAAUUGGAUGUAUACUGCUCUUAAUAUAUUAAUGUUCAAAACUGUUUUUUCUGUAACAAAAACGUCAGCACUUGUAAAAUUACAUUUAUGAUCACUUGAGUAAUUCGGACAGACUAUUGGACCUAAAGUAUAACUGUUACCAGAGAAACAGUUUACAAAAUGAAGACCUAAAAACCUGCCGUUUGUCACCUCUGCUCUCCGGGUUUGGAAGCUUAAUAUGUGACAUUUUAGCAGCAGCCUGUGGGGAACGCUUAGUGACCAUUGUGCCUCUGUGAUCCCUAUUUUUCAAGUUGUGUUAAAAAAUCUGUUCAUUUAUACUAUAUCAUGGGGACUGGAUUUCUGCAGUAAAAAGCCAAUUGAACAACCCUAUUAAGCCUCCGAGUAAGACAUGCAAUUGGACAUUGUGACCUGCCAUUGAAACACACUUAAAAUUUUCAUUUCAAUUUUAUUACUUGGUAAAUGUUGGUGAUCUGGUACAUUUCAUGGUGACUGUACAGAUCUAAGGCAUAAACUUUAACAAAAUCAUUUAUGUUCUUCCCUUUUUUAAUUUUGACAUAAGGAAGUCUUAAUUUUGCCCAUUUUAAUUUAUGGUGGUGCAAUAAGAGGUAGAGUUGAUUUAAAAAAAAGUUUUGAGAUAAUUUAUGAGAAUGUAAGCGUUUCUAAAUAAAGCUGCUAUACUGUU